AUGCUUUAUAACAAAGGUCCCUGUUCAUGCUGCUUCAGCAACCGCCCCAGCCUCAGCAACCUCUGCAACCUCCCCAGCCUCUGCAACCUCCCCAGCCUCUGCAACACCUCCCCAGCCUCAGCAACCCCCCAGCCUCAGCAACCACCUCAGCCUCAGCAACCACCUCAGCCUCAGCAACCCCCCAGCCUCAGCAACCUCCUCAGCCUCACCAGUCUCAGCAACCUCAGCAGCCUUCACCAACCGCCCCAGCCUCAGCAACCUCUGCAACCUCCCCAGCCUCUGCAACCUCCCCAGCCUCAGCAACCCCCCAGCCUCAGCAACCACCUCAGCCUCAGCAACCACCUCAGCCUCAGCAACCCCCCAGCCUCAGCAACCUCCUCAGCCUCACCAGCCUCACAACCGCACCAGCCUCAGCAACCUCUGCAAUCUCCCCAGCCCCAGCAACUCCCCAGCCUCUGCAACCUCCCCAGCCUCUGCAACCUCCCCAGCCUCAGCAACCUCCCCAGACUCAGCAUCCUCCCCAGCCUCUGCAACCUCCCCAGCCUCAGCAACCUCCCCAGCCUCAGCAACCUCCUCAGCCUCAGCAUCCUCCCCAGCCUCUGCAACCCUCCCAGCCUCUGCAACCCCCCCAGCCUCUGCAACCCCCCCAGUCUCAGCAACCCCCCUGACUCAGCAACCACCCUGACUCACAACCUCCCCAGCCUCAGCAACCUCCCCAGCCUCAGCAACCUCCUCAGCCUCAGCAUCCUCCCCAGCCUCUGCAUCCCUCCCAGCCUCUGCAACCCCCCCAGCCUCUGCAACCCCCCCAGUCUCAGCAACCCCCCUGACUCAGCAACCACCCUGACUCACAACCCCCCCAGCCUCAGCAACCUCCCCAGCCUCAGCAACCUCCUCAGCCUCAGCACCCUUCCCAGCCUCAGCAACCUCCCCAGCAUCAGCAACCUCCCCAGCCUCAGAAACCUCCCGAGCCUCAGCAACCACCCCAGCCUCAGCAACCUGCUCAGCCUCAUCAACCUCCCCAGCCUCAGCAACCUCCCCAGCCUCUGCAACCUCCCCAGCCUCAGCAACCUCCUCAGCCUCAGCAAUCUCCCCAGCCUCAGCAACCUCCUCAGCCUCAGCAACCUCCCCAGCCUCAGCAACCUCACCAACCUCAGCAACCACACCAGCCUCAGCAACCACCCCAGCCUCAGCAAUCUCCCCAGCCUCAGCAACCUCCCCAGCCUCUGCAACCUCCUCAGCCUCAGCAACCUCCUCAGCCUCAGCAACCUCCUCAGCCUCAGCAACCUCCCCAGUCUCAGCAGCCUCACCAGCCUCAACAACCUCCCCAGCCUCAGCAACCUCCUCAGCCUCAGCAACCUCCCCAGUCUCAGCAGCCUCACCAGCCUCAACAACCUCCCCAGCCUCACCACCUCCCCAGCCAACCCAGCCUCCCCAGCCACCCCAGCCUCAACAGCCUCACCAGCCUCAACAGCCGCCUCAGCCUCCCCAGCCUCCUCAGCCACCCCAGCCCCCCAGCCUCCCCAGCCUCCCCAGCCCCCCAGCCUCCCCAGCCACCCCAGCCUCACCAGCCUCACCAGCCUCACCAGCCUCACCAGCCUCACCAGCUUCACCAGCCUCACCAGCUUCACCAGCCUCACCAGCCUCACCAGCCUCACCAGCCUCACCAGCCUCACCAGCCUCACCAGCUUCACCAGCCUCACCAGCCUCACCAGCCUCACCAGCCUCACCAGCUUCACCAGCCUCACCAGCCUCACCAGCCUCACCAGCUUCACCAGCCUCACCAGCUUCACCAGCCUCACCAGCCUUCUCAGCCUCGCCAGCCUCGCCAGCCUCACCAGCCACCCCAGCCACCCCAGCCUCGCCAGCCUCACCAGCCACCCCAGCCACCCCAGCCUCCCCAGCCACCUCAGCCCCCCCAGCCUCCCCAGCCUCCCCAGCCACCUCAGCCUCACCAGCCUCCCAAGCCUCACCAGCCUCCUGAGAACAGCAGUAGCAGAGCACUUAUAUCAUGUUCAACACAAGUCCCUCUGA